AUGGAAGAGAUUGACCGAAAAAGAGAAAUCAUUGGAGUGAACAGGCCGUGUUGCCCCUUCCCGCAGAGCCCGUUCCUUUGGCGGAGCCCCGCAGCGGAACUACGUUUCCCAGGGUAGCCGGGGAAGGCGGUGCCCGCCCCGCAGGAAGGGCGGUGCGCUCGGGGCACUGCUGCACCGUACAGCCGCAGAGCCAGUGCGGGGCCGGGCGGCGGCGAGGGAGUCAUGCUGCGCUACUCCGGAACACGCUCCCCGCCGGGCGUCUGCCUCCUCCUGCUGCUGCUCCUCUGCGCCAAUGCUCUGGCCUCUGUGGUGUCGCGGAGCCGCCGGGGGGGCAGCAACGAGAAACCCAUCGUUGGGAUAUUGGCACAGGAGUGUGACUUCACAAGUUUCCAUAGAUUUGGAAGUUCCUACAUUGCUGCUUCAUAUGUGAAGUUCCUAGAAUCUGCUGGUGCACGAGUUGUGCCAAUAAGACUAAAUCGUUCAGAAGAAGAGUAUGAUAAGAUUUUCCAGUCUAUUAAUGGGGUACUUUUCCCAGGAGGUGGUGUUGAUCUUAAGACCUCAGAAUAUUCUAGGAUUGCUAGGAUAUUUUACAACAAGGCACUAAAGGCUAAUGAUAAAGGAGACUAUUUUCCUGUAUGGGGAACAUGUCUGGGAUAUGAAGAGCUUACAUACCUCACCAGUGGGGAGAUUUUACUGACUUGGACUAAUACUGAGGAUUUUGCACUCCCACUGAACUUUACUACAGCUGCAAAAGACAGCAGGAUGUUCAAGAAUUUUCCAGAUGACUUGUUGCAAAAACUUGCCACUGAGUCUUUGACAGCACACUUUCAUCACUGGAGCCUCUCCGUGCAGAAUUUCACACAGAAUGCGAAGCUACGCAAUUUCUAUAAGGUUCUGACAACUAACACCCAUGCAGACGUGGAGUUUAUAUCGACAAUGGAAGCAUAUAAAUACCCAAUUUAUGGUGUCCAGUGGCAUCCAGAGAAAAAUCCUUUUGAAUGGAAGAACUCAUCAGGCAUACCACAUUCUGCAUCAGCUAUGAAAGUUGCAUAUUACGUAGCUGACUUCUUAGUGAAUGAAGCCCGGAAGAGCCUGCACCAUUUUCCUAAUAAGGGUGAAGAGACCAAAGCAUUGAUUUACAAUUAUACCCCUGUUUUUACUGGUAUAUUUUCUCCAUUUGAGCAAGUUUAUUUUUUUGAUUGAACAUCCAUCCCAUAGUACAGGAUAGCGAUCUGUAGAAUUGUUUGUUGCAAGUUUCAUAAUUAAACUCAUGUUGUGCACUGCAAGUGGCAGAAAGCCAAAAUGCUUAGCUUACCUUACAGUGAUUUAUCCUAUGUUACCUCUGUAGAAUUGGCCCAUUAAUCUGACAGAUUUCCAUUCAAUUACAUUAUAAUGGACCUGGAUCUCAUUUUAAUACCUGCUACAGAGAAAUACAUUUUACCUCCAGAGACGGCAACUUGAUUGCACUUAUAAAUUUGAAACAAAUCAGGUUAAUUUAAAAAAAUUGAGCAAUACUUUUGGCCAUAUAUUUGAAAGAAAUGAGUUUACUUCUACAAAACAUUGUCGCCUCUGUGAUAACAGCUGGGUAGUUAAAAGAUUUGAUUUAUCAUAAUUCUGUUCUCUUGGUCAGAUUACAAUACAAUUAAAGGAUGAAAAUCUUUUGA